AUGUCUUUCGAUUCGACCUCUUUACCACUCAGUACCGCAGAUCCAAAUGCCCGCGUCUUCAGCUCCUCAUGUUUCGACUUCCUUCUUAUAGAAUUGGUGCCUAUGGCCGAACGUAUGGCCAAGGAAUUUGUGGCCGAAGGGAAAGAGAUCGAAGACGAGGAAGUCAGAGAGACGACGUUUUUUCGUCUAGAGUCUCUGGGUUAUCGCGUCGGACAAGGCCUUGCGGAGCGCUUCGCCCGAGACCGCCCUCGCUUUACCGACAACCUGGACGUGAUCAAGUUUCUCUGCAAGGAUCUGUGGACGGUCUUGUUCAAAAAACAGGUGGAUAAUUUGAAAACAAACCACCGGGGUGUAUAUGUUUUGACCGAUAGCGCGUUUCGGCCAUUCGGCAGGAUGAGCAUGGCAGUUCGGAGCGAAGCAAUAUCCAUGGCACAAGCAGUAAGCAACGGGUUAUCGACCAUUGAAUGGGACAUUCGGGCUUACGGAUUGACACAGUACCUCUGGUUUCCCUGCGGUAUCAUCCGGGGUGCGUUAGCAAAUUUGGGCAUCAACACGACGGUGCAGGCCGAGACCUCGGAUUUACCAGGGGCAACUUUCCAGAUCAAAACGCUUCAACCUCGGCCUUGA